AUGUUGGCAUCUGCGUCUCGCUCUCGCGCACUGAGAACCGCUCCGCGACGACUUGCCGCGUCCGCCCCGACGAGAACCAUCAUGGCGUCGUCGGCCAAGCUCGCAAACAGCCCCCUCCCACCAGGAUACGCAGAGGACCGGUCCAAGGGCCCCAUGCUGCGGUUCCAAGAGUCGCUGCCGCGGCUCCCGGUGCCGACGCUCGAGGAGACGGCGAAGCGGUACCUCAAGUCGCUGCACCCGCUGCUGUCUGCCGGCGAGUACGCGGCGAGCACGGCCGCCGUCGCCGACUUCAUCAAGCCCGGCGGCGUGGGCGCCCAGCUCCAGGACAGGCUGGUGGCCAUGCGCGAGGACCCCGCGACCAGGAACUGGGUGUACGAGUGGUGGAACGAGGCGGCGUACCUGGCGUACCGCGACCCCGUGGUCCCCUACGUCAGCUACUUCUACUCGCACCGGGACGACCGCGCGCGCCGGGACCCGGCCAAGCGCGCCGCGGCCAUCACCUCGGCCGUCCUCGAGUUCAAGCGCCUCGUCGACGCCGGCGCCCUCGAGCCCGAGUACAUGAAGAAGCUGCCCAUCUGCAUGGACAGCUACCGAUGGAUGUUCAACGCCACGCGCAUCCCGGCCCGGCCCAAGGACUACCCGGCCAAGUUUGCGGCCGGCGAGAACAAGCACAUCGUCGUCAUCCGCAAGAACCGCUUCUUCAGGGUGCCGCACGAGGUCGGCGGCGUCCAGCUCAACGCGGCCGAGCUGGAGAGCCAGUUCAACCGGGUGUACCGGGCGGCGGCGGCUUCUGCGGCGGCGCCGGUGCCCCCCGUCGGCGCGUUGACGUCCGAGAACCGCGACGUCUGGGCCGACGCGCGCGAGCUGCUGGUCCGCGCGAGCCCCCGCAACAGCCAGGUCCUGUCGGCCAUCGACUCGGCCUCCUUCGUCGUCUGCCUCGACGACGCCGCGCCCGUCACCCUCGAGGAGCGGGCCCACCAGUACUGGCACGGCGACGGCGCCAACCGCUGGUUCGACAAGCCGCUGCAGUUCAUCGUCAACGACAACGGCACCUCGGGCUUCAUGGGCGAGCACUCCAUGAUGGACGGCACCCCGACCCACCGGCUCAACGACUACGUCAACGACGUCAUCUUUGGCGCCAAGAUGGACCUGUCCGACCCCUCGGUCCGCCCCGACCUGCCCGAGCCGCAGGCGCUCGAGUUCCACGUCACGCCGCCCGUCCAGGCCGAGAUUGACCGCGCCGUCGCCGACUUCCGCGCCGUCGUCAGCCAGCACCAGCUGGCCGUGCAGGCCUACCAGGGGUACGGCAAGGCCCUCAUCAAGAAGCUCGGCUGCUCCCCCGACGCCUACGUCCAGAUGGUCAUCCAGCUGGCCUACUUCAAAAUGCACGGCAAGAGCCGCCCGACGUACGAGUCGGCGGCCACCCGCCGCUUCCAGCUCGGCCGGACCGAGACCUGCCGCACCGUGUCGGACGAGUCCGCCGCCUGGUGCGCCGCCAUGGCGGACCCCUCGCAGACCGACCAGGUCCGCGUCAAGCUGUUCCGCGAGGCGGUCCACGCCCACCUCGAGUACAUCACCGCCGCUUCCGACGGCAAGGGCGUCGACAGGCAUCUCUUCGGCCUCAGGAAGCUGCUGCAGCCCGGCCAAGAGGUGCCCGCCAUCUUCAAGGACCCCGCCUUUUCCUACUCCAGCUCCUGGUAUCUGUCCACGUCGCAGCUGAGCUCGGAAUUCUUCAACGGCUACGGCUGGAGCCAGGUCAUCGACCAAGGCUUCGGUAUUGCCUACAUGAUCAACGAAAACAGCAUCAACUUCAACAUUGUGUCCAAGAAUCUCGGCAGCGACCGCAUGAGCUAUUACAUCAACGAAGCUGCUGGGGAAAUGCGCGAUCUGCUACUGCCAACCAUCCAGGCGCCAAAGGCGAGACUAUAA